GCCCUGGGCAAAGGUUGUCUUUGACCUUCCAGGGACUCAUUAUGGCAGGUUGCCAUGUACAGCUGGGCGGGUCGUAUCCUGCACAAGGGUCCUGGCCGAGGAGGGUAGCGAGACUGAAAUCGCGCUGUGUGCCAGGGCAGAGGGGCCCUCUGCUCACGGUGCCCUGCACUCACAGGAUCCUGCCACCAGAGGGCGUCUUUAAAAAAUUUCUAAAAGGUGUGAGAGCCUCAUCUUGCAGCAUCUUGGGGCAUCUGCUGGGACCCAGACAGGAAAACAAUGCAGGAAACGCUGUGAUCAAGGUUCUGGAUUCUCCCAGAUUUCUAAGCCUUUGACCCUGACCCAUGGCUCCAGAAACCUCUCUGAGAUGCUCCAGGCAGCCUGUGGCCCUGAGGGGUUUCACUCAGACAAGUGCCCCUUUUCCCUCUGAGAAUGCCUCUCUCCAGGAUCCUCUGAGACCUUUUGUGGGCACAUUUUCUCUCUCCUGCCCUCCUCUAACUGAAUCUCAGAACCCACUGACACAUCACUAACAUCGUAGAAUAAAGGUCACAGCCGCACUUCUCUGCUUCUGUGACUGGGGACCAACCUUUAGCAAAAUGCAAGAAGGAUGGAUGGGGGGGUUAGAUAGGAGAUUUCAGAUUUGGGUGGCUGAGGCUUCCAUCUGCCUCCAAACAUUUUGUCACCUGAGGCCCUGGGGGUGAAGAUUUCUGUAUCCCAGGCGUUUGCUCGCUCGGGAUUUGGAAGGACGUGGGAAGGCACAGCGCCCAUACGCUGCCUUGGCCGCCCAUGCUGGGUGGACGGGAGGUUCGUGGAGUUGAUGUCCCUGGGAGCAGUCUCCAAUUAGGAAGUCGACAGGUUGUGGAAGACAAAUACCCCAGUUUCCGUUCAGCAAUGGGAUGGGAGGCAGGUAAAGGAGAGCCUUUUGCGGCAGCUGGGUCCCCAUGGUAACUUGGCCCCCACCCUGCAGUAUCUGUGAGGUCACCCUGCCUCUCCCACCUGGAGGGGGGGUAGGAGGGACAGACAUGGAGUCCGUCCCUCCGGUCAGAUCCAGCCUUUGGGGACUCUCCGCACUGCUGGCCCAGAACCGGGCCCACCUCUGCAAUUUCCUGCCCCUCAAGACCACCCUCUUUAACCACUGGCUGUCAGGGCUGACCCAGGAGGCCCAGGGGUCCCACCCACCCGCCAAGAUCUCAGCCUGCCCCGUGGGUCGGGUUCUACAGGCUGGGCUGACACUGAUAGAAGUCCCUGUGUGGCUGGUGCGUCGGGCGCCCAGGCUGGUGUGGGCAGGCGUGCUGGGCUGUGCCCGGGCCUCGGGCCUGGCCCUGAAGCGGCUGGGUGCCUGGGAGCAGCUGGGCCUCUCUGCGGCCACCUGGACAGACCUGCUCUUGUCAUAUCUGCACGGCCUGAUGCUGGCUGCCGGGCUGGUGCUACUGCCGACCUGGAGACUGUGCCAGAAAGCCCACUGCUGCAGCCUGGGCCGGCUGCCCCGGAAGGCUCUGCUGGAGAACCGCGUAGUGCUGGGGACACCGGCACUGCUGAAGCGUCUGCACUGCGGUGUGGAGAGCAUGGCGGCACUCACCUCCUGGCACCUGGCCUACUUUGUCACCUGGACCACCUGCCUCGCCUCCCACCUGCUGCAGGCUGCCUUUGAGCACACAGCCCAGCUGGCCCAGGUCCAGGAGGCUGAGCCCCAGAAGGCCUUGGGGCUCUCGUGUGAGUCCCCGCUCCCUGAGCCCCUGGCCCCCGAGGCUGGGCCAGUCCUGCCAGAGCCUGGAGCUCCUGUAGCAUAAACGUGUGCCCAUCUG